AUGGUCAAUAUACUUCGGGGGUUGUUUGUGGCGUCUCUCGCCGCCAGCGUGGUGCAUGCCCAGUCUUACUCGGGAUGUCACUCACAUGGCAGCGUGGAGUACUGUUAUGGGGCUGAUGGCGAAGAGACCCCUAUCACCACACAUGCACAGGCGACGGCCACGUCUGUGUCUGCUACGACGACUUCGUCGGCACAGUCAUCUGCAGUGACGGGGUGUCAUAACCACGGUGACGACGUCUACUGCAUUAAUGGCGAAGGAAACGAAGUGCAGGUGUCGUUGACCGGGACCCCAACUGGGGAGCUGCCCGCGCAGUAUACCGGUUGCCACUCCCACGGCAGCUCACAGUACUGCUUGGAUGCAGACGGAAACGAUGUCCAGAUCCUGGAAGAGGGGGAAACCGGAAGCGAAAGCGACAGUAGUAGCGAGUCUAGCGGCGAGUCCAGCGGCGAACUAAACUGUCAUUUCCAUGCUGGUGUUGAGCACUGCGUCGGCGCAGGCGAGUCGGAAGGUUCGAGCGAGAGAUCCUGCGGUGUCCAGAGUCGCGAUUAUAACAUGCCAUUGCGGAUUGGAACAUUGUUUGUGGUGCUUGUUACAAGUGCCCUUGGUGUCUUCCUUCCGAUGUUAAUGGCGAAGCUUCCCUUUCCCACAAUCAAUACUGUGGCCUCAACUGUCAUCAAGCAAUUUGGUACUGGUGUGAUUCUGUCCACCGCGUUCGUUCAUCUAUACACCCAUGCCAACCUCAUGUUCACGAACGAAUGUCUCGGCGAGCUCGAAUACGAAGCCACCACAUCUGCCGUCGUGAUGGCCGGUAUCUUCCUUUCCUUCCUAACCGAAUACAUCGGCCAUCGAUUCAUCGCAGCCCGCGGACAUAAAUCGGCCGCGGAAUGCUGCGAGGACACACCGUCGAACAAUGAGUCCGCAACUCCCAAGGAAAACACCGCACCACGGACGAUGCAGCUCACCCAGCUAAGUCACAGCCACGGCGGUGAUAAUGCUAACACAAAACUGUCGGUGAUGGUCAUGGAGGCGGGUGUGAUCUUCCACAGUAUCCUGAUCGUCUUCGAGGGUCUGGCGCUCGGAGCACGGAUUGCGAUGCUUCCGGGUCGUAUCUUCCCCAGUAAAGCCGUGAUGGCGGGGACCUUUGCACUGAUUACGCCGAUCGGAAUGGCGAUCGGAAUGGGCGUGCUGCACUCGUUCAAUGGCAACGAGCGAAGCACCCUGAUCGCACUCGGAACACUGGACGCUUUGUCGGCUGGUAUUCUGGUGUGGGUGGGUGUUGUGGAUAUGUGGGCGAGAGACUGGGUGAUUGAAGGCGGCGAGAUGCUGGAUGCGCCCAUGACUAGAGUGUUGGUGGGAGGCGUGGCCUUGAUAGCCGGUAUGGUCCUGAUGGGCGUGCUGGGCAAGUGGGCCUAA